CAAGAUCAGACCAGCCAGAAUCUCAGGUCAGUAGUUUUGGACCUUUUAACUCACUAAUUAAACAUUAUUCCAUCAGAGAGAGAAGCUUCACACCUCUUUCUUUUCAUUCCUCUUUGACGACACAAUCCUUCCGCGUCAAAUUUCUAAAUCCAGCCUCCUUCAACUCUCUCUUCACAUUAUUUCUUCGUCUCCAACACCAACUUCUUCCAUUAUCAUAUUCUUCUUCUUUCAUCCACCGAUUCAAAUAAGAAUUGAAAAAACCAAACGGAGAAAGCAAAAUGGAUACAGAGCAACGGCGGAAGAGGAAACGUGCAGUGGGAAGGCACCUUCAUAUCUCAUCAAGAUCAUUCUUCCUUUGCUUUUCCUUCUUAAUCUUCCUCCUCUUCUUGUCCUCACACCAUCGUUUCUUCUUCUCCUUUUUCACUAAUUCCACCUUCAAACCCCCUCUAACAGCCUCCACCGUGUCACUCCUCUACUCUUCCGCAAGCCACUCUAUUAUUGACCCUCCGCAACCCACCUCUUCCUUCACCCUCCAACACCGUAUCCUCUUCCCCGACCACCACCUUCUCAUCCUAACCCACCAACAGCAUGCCCAACUUCGCGAACUAGAGUGCGUGUACUACACGCUCCUCCCCAACGGUUCCUCUCUCCGUUCACCCGAACCGGUCCUCGAUGUUCAGGUUCGACCUGUUAUGUCCGUGGACCGGUACGACGAAUCUCGAUCCAUCGUUAGGUGCCCAUUUCACCGGACGAACUCCUCCACCUCCGGCGACUCCCAAGCCGUCGAUUUGCGGCGGCGCGGCGAGGUGGGUCGCCGGCGUUUGACUUUUUUGAUGAACCAAACGGCUCAGUCUUGGGAUAGGGUGGCGUAUGAGGCGACCCUGGAUGGAGACACCGUUGUGGUGUUCGUGAAGGGGCUGAAUCUGCGACCGCACAAGAUAUCGGAUCCGACCCGGAUCCGGUGCCAUUUCGGCCUGAAGAGUUUUCACAAAGACGGUGCUCUUUUGCUCACCACGAGAGCGGUUUCGAUGGCUCAGGAAGUUGUGAGGUGUAUGUUGCCGCAGAGCAUAAAGAACAACCCGGGUAAGGCUCGAGGGGUUCGGGUCACGGUGAGUUAUUUGAGUGGCAAUGUGAGGCAUCCGGUUCGUGCUCUUGUGCCUUCUGUGGCUAGGGUUGGUGGCACUAGUAGAAGUAGUAGCUCUGGUGGUGCUAGAGUUCAGAAGAGGAAUAGAAGGAAGUAUGAGUUGUGCGUGUGUACUAUGGUUUGGAACCAAGCUUCUGCGCUUAGGGAGUGGGUAAUGUACCAUGCUUGGCUUGGAGUGGAGCGUUGGUUUAUCUAUGAUAACAACAGUGAUGAUGAUAUUGAGAAGGUUGUUGAGGAGCUUGAUCUUCAAGGAUUUAAUGUCAGUAGACAGACCUGGCCUUGGAUUAAGACUCAAGAAGCAGGGUUUUCCCACUGUGCUUUGAGGGCUAGGGAGGAGUGCAAGUGGGUGGGGUUCUUUGAUGUUGAUGAGUUCUUCUACUUCCCCAAUGAGUUCCAUCAACAACUGGGGGUAGGUGUUCCUGGUGAGAAUUCUCUGAGAUCGGUGGUUGCCAAUUUCUCAUCUUCAAAAUCCAUUGCAGAGAUAAGAACAACUUGUCAUAGCUUUGGGCCUUCUGGAUUGAACUCUCCCCCUAAACAAGGGGUUACCGUAGGGUACACGUGCCGGCUUCAGAGCCCCGAGCGGCACAAAUCCAUUGUGCGGCCGGAUUUGCUUGAUAUUAGUCUCCUGAAUGUGGUGCAUCAUUUUCAGCUCAGAGAGGGGUUCAGGUACCGCAACAUGCCUGAAGGUACUGCUAUAAUAAACCACUACAAGUACCAGGUAUGGGAAACCUUUAAAGCCAAGUUCUUCAGAAGGGUUGCUACCUAUGUUGUGGACUGGCAGGAGGACCAGAACAAAGGAUCAAAGGAUAGAGCACCGGGACUAGGAACAGAAGCCAUUGAACCACCUAACUGGCGGCUACAGUUUUGUGAGGUUUGGGAUACUGGCCUGAAGGACUUCCUUCUGUCUUAUUUUGCUGAUCCUACAACUGGGUUGAUGCCCUGGGAAAGGUCUUUUCUAUAAUGGAUACUAAUCAGGGUGCUAACAUCUUGGUAGCUGGGUACCCAUGUAAAGCGCGAUGAUCAUACUUGUUAGGCAUUCAUUCUUUUUUGGGGGGGCUUUCUGUUACAGAAAUUUUUGUUUUUCGUAUUUUUUUUAUAUGAUUUUAUAGAUAUGAAACAGACUCAUACAGAUGUAUAUUUGCAGCAAUAUGAAUGAAUUCCCUACCAUUUUUUUAGUUAACUAUAUAGCAUCCAGUGGGCUAAAUAUUAUUCAUGCCUACAAAGCCUAGAUAUAUCAAACUUACUUGUUAUGCCUUUAGCAAUUUAGAACAGGAAAUAUAAUCACACAAGUUUGAAC